AUGUCUGGUAAUGGUAUUCCGCCUACCAAUUCCACCUAUUUCGAGAUACGCAUCGGUGGUCGGCGACACGCCCUACUCAGAACAAAUGAGCGUCAAAGCACGCGAACUGACCUUAACAUGGAAAUCAUGGCUUUUGAAGAAAACUGCAACAAAUUAAUAACGGAGCCGUACUUCGAACCUGAAUUGGUUCUUGGACGAUCGUGGAGAAUAUAUUAUGCGUGGAAUAUGGAUUUAGAGGAAAAGUGCUUGGAUAUGGUGUUUACUAAUGCUACACAAGCGAUAGUGAACCGGGUUUAUAAUGACAUGGUUGACUACUUAGAAAUGCAGCCGUUCUGGGACGCAGCCACACUCCUCGUAUCUAUGGGUCAGGCCCGUCAUGAAAUGUUGUUGUUCGUCGACCAGGGAGCUGCUGGCCGAUUCAUCGGUGUGCCAAAUGUGGUGAGAGAUGGAAAUAUAUCGCCAAGUAAAAACGCGGUGCCGUUAAUAAGAAUCCAUAUGAAAUUACUUUACAAUGCCAAAUACUUAGUCAUGUCAGAUUGCACUGUAGGAGUCAGCACUUUGUCAGCUCGCAGAGACUCCGACAUAUACCGAGCAGAAAUUCAGGGUGUCGCUAGCACUUUGGAUUUUGGACUUGGUUCACCAGCAUGCAUUGGUGACUACAACAAUGAAGAAACAAAAUUAGAUGCACAGUGA